UAACCACCGUCCACAAAGUCUCCGGUCUUCAAGCAACGUGGUCAUGGAACUCAUCAAAUUUUCACAGUGCUGACGUCAUGGAUUAUUCUUACCACGACCCUAACCACGUUCCCAUGUAUUCUUUAGAUGGCAUUGAUAAAGUCAUUGUUGAAGAAGCUACCAAAGCCUGCUUGUCGCUGGGUCUUUCCGAUACAAUUUUGCAAAACUGUAUUUAUGACCUAGCCGUCACGAAUGACUCGUCACUAACAGAACAAGAGAUUCUGCAGCAGGGCUGUCCUGAUCAGUGUUCUGGAAAGGGUAGAUGUGUCAACUCAACUUGUCAAUGUAUGAUUGGUUGGUCUGGAGAAAGCUGUCAGUUAGGCAACUGCUCGGACUGUAACAUGGAACACGGAAGAUGCGUGAAAGGAUUUUGUGAAUGUGAUGAUGGCUGGGAAGGAGUAACUUGUGACCAGAAGGCCACAUGUUACAGCGUCAAUAAUUGCACAAGUGCAAACAACGGAAUAUGUCAGAGGACGGAUCAGUGUCGCUGUCACGACGGAUACAUUGGUCAGGACUGCAGUGUAAUUCCAACUUGUUCCAAAGUGUCUCAUUGCUCUGGAAGAGGAAUCUGCAUUGACUAUGACGUAUGCAAAUGUAACAGAGACUGGACUGGGGAUGACUGUACCCAGUUCUCUUGUGGAUCCCUCGAACACUGCUCUAAUCAUGGACGCUGUGUUGCUCUCUAUAAGUGCGACUGCAAUGCUGGCUGGACAGGAGUCAGCUGUGCUCUUCCUGACUGCGCAGGCGUAAACCAAUGUUCUGGUCAAGGCGAGUGUGUGUCAAGUAACACGUGUCGUUGUUACCCUGGAUUCCAAGGUGCAAACUGCAGUGACUUAGUAAGCUGUGCCAAUCUUGAUAAUUGUAAUGGAAACGGAGUCUGUAUGCAAGAGGAAAAUGAUGUGAAUCUCACUUGCAGGUGCUAUGCUGGUUUUAGGGGUUCAAAUUGCAACGUUGCCUCGUGUCCGCUGCUGAACAAUUGUUCUGGUCAUGGUGUAUGCCUUGAAGCGAACUUCUGCAAAUGUAACACGGGGUAUAGUGGGGAAGAUUGCUCAAAUGUGUCGUGUGAAGGUGUCAAUUAUUGUUCAGGUAAUGGCAUUUGUAUUAGAUACGACACAUGCGCCUGCCAUCCUCUGUGGCAUGGUCCAGCGUGUAGCAAGGCCGAUUGUUCCAGUGUAAAUCAGUGAUCUAAUAGAGG